UUUCAACUUAUUACUUCAUCGGCAGUCCAUGGGUUUGGACGCGUAAACCAGCCGUCGUGCGGUACCAAGUUGAAACGGUUCGAUACUGCUGAACGCGCUGAACGCCAACUUCAUCACGGCAGAUAACUAUCUGACAACUCUUCGCGUAAUCAUCGUUUCUUGUGCAAUGCCAUCGCACACGGCAACUUAGAUCCGGUGCUUAGCCAAAACAUAUCUCUUCUGGUCAUGCGGCGGUGGAGAUUCGAUUUGCGACCCCCAGUGCAUUCACCUUUUAGCGUCUGGAAGUUUCCGUUGCAACUUAAAAGUGCAGUACCUAUGCAACAUGAGUGAGUCGCUUCUAACAAGAAACCAAAUUGCGCAAACUAUCUCGGUAAAGAACCAACUGUGACAAGUGCCAGAACUUAAGAAUUGGCGGUUAGUUGUUGAGAGCAGUAAGAAGAAAAACUGGAAGCUGAGAUCCGAUGUUGAUUUAUAUGCAAGUGCCGAACGGAUAUUCUGUGCAGUGUGCAGCCAGACGUUAAAGGCAAAACUUGAUUGUGCAACAAACUUGGAGGUUUUUUUCAUGGAUAUUGCCGGAAACCGGGUCAAUGCGAGUGGGGUAAAAUGAAAAAAAAUCUAGAAGUGUGUUCAUAAAGUUCUAACUGUUUCUGUUAAAAAAAAACGAAUUCUCGUUACAAUCGGGUUGAUGAUAGUUUCAACAACAAAGUGUUGAUAAUCAUGAACGUGCUUUCUGCGAUUAGCUGCACACAAUCAAUGGAAGUAAUAAUGAGGGUACAGACUACAGCAGUACUGCUGCUGCUCUUUGCAGCUGCCACCCAGGCCAAGGAGAUUGCAAUUAGGAAUAAGGACUUCCCUCAGCUAAAAGAAAAACCCGAUUGGCUACGUGUUUGCCGCCGAGACAACCCAAAUGAAGAUCACUGCUUCAAAAAGAUGUUCGAGGAGACGUUUCCAUACAUUGCAAAAGGUAUAUCCGAAAUUGGAGUCCAAACCUUUGAUCCGCUGCGAAUAGAGUCUGUUCAAGUUUCACGUGGCUCCGGUGCGCUUAUGCUCAGUGGAGGUUUCAAAAAACUAACUAUCAAGGGCCCAUCAAAUACAACCGUGCAAAAGGCCAAUCUGGAUUUUAGAACUCACGCGCUGAAUUUUGAUCUGGAAAUUCCAAAGCUGAAGAUCGAUGCAAUUUACAAUCUGAAAGGAAAUGUCCUUCUUUUGCCACUGGUGGGCGAUGGCGACGUAACUAUGGUACUGAAAGACGUUAAGACAUCCGUCGUUACCAAGUUCAGUGUGCGCCCUUUGCCUGAGGAUGCAAUUUUCAUCGAGGAAAUGAAAGUCACCUUUCUGGUUGGUGGCAUGCGCAUUCAUCUGGACAACCUCUUCCAAGGUAACCAGGUGCUCGGGGCGUCGUUGAAUCUGUUUUUGAAUCAGAAUGCCAACGAAGUGAUUGCAGAGUUAAGAACGGACCUCGAGCAUGGAUUGGCGGAUAUCUUUACCGGGCUGUGGAACGAACUAUUUAACAAAUUGCCUCUGAAACUUUGGCUGGUGUGAUAAUAUCCGUGUUCGAUGGGUAAGAUAUUUAUAAGGACAAUGAAAGCAAUGCAAUGCAACUGCUUACAACAACUACGAGAAACUACGUACAAUUCUGUGUAAAUAUGAACUUAAAUCUAUUGAAAUCUUGAACUCCUCUAUGAAAAUAUUUUUACUAGAUUAAUAAGCGUGAUUAGAGCAGCAUGUUUGGAAGGACUGACCAAAAUCUCCAAGAUAUUAUCAUUAAAUUAAAAAUAGCAAAAUUAUCUUGUAAAUAGUGUUAGAAUGUUAAAACAAAUUAUCAAGGUUAGCAGUAUCAAUGCUAGUGAUUGAUAUCACCGCCACCCAGUUACAGGAAAAAAAUUUGCAUUCCUCAAAUCCAUUCAAGGGCGAUCAUGGACAAAAAUAAAGAGUACCA